ACGUUAACGCGACACGCAUCGCUGUUUGUGCUGGAAACUUACGUCAGACUUGUGAGUACUACACGCUCAACAGGGCAAUUUCUGGGUGGAUAGUGAUGAUCCGGAGUAUCGGGAUAGGCGCAGGGUCCCCUGGCAUCCAAGUGAAAAGAAGCCAUCGCCGUGAACCUUGAAACCCUGUCACUCAGUGCACGCAUCUCAAGAAUAAUUUACGCAAGCUCCAAGCAUCGAGUAGAGACAGCAACGGGUUCCAAGGAAACAUCGCCAACAUGCGCAAAUCCUCACUCAGAAAAACGACCCUACUCUCCCUCCUUGGCAUCUCUUCCGCGGCAACAUCGUCAUGGGGUGAACCUUUCGUCGUCGAACCCAUAGCAGCAACAUCAACAGAGAACCUACUCCCAUCCACAUCUCCAACUCCAACAUGGGGUGACGCCUUUACGGUCGAGAACAGCGCUGCCAGUACACCAGCAAGUUCGCUCCCAACAUCAGAAGCUGGGGCACCGAGUCUAGCAGUCGAUACGGCAUCACCUAUACCUUCUAACCUAGUGACCGAAGAUGUCACAGUAAUCACUGGGAUACAAAGUGCUGUUGGUUCGAGAACUGCGAGCUUUGAUCCCAGUUCACAGAGUGUGACGGGUACGGGGAGUUUAGGAAGCAGCACAGAGAGCGCGACGGGUGCCUCAGGCCUUGUGGAGGCUACUGGUGCUGCGGUUCCAGUGAGAGGUUUUAAGAAGAUGGGUUUUGCGGGGGCGAUGGCUGGGGCUGCGGGAGUGCUAUUUGUGUAGAUUAGAGGAAAGAAUGAGGAAUGAUGUGAGGAGGGGUAAUCUGCUCAACGGGCGAACUUUUCUCCAUGGAAAGAGUGUUGAAAAGUCGAUGCUAGUUGUUUAGGUACAGACACCAGAAUGGUUUGCGCCAACACUUAAGAUUGAGAAAGAGCUAUAAGAGUGGGAGAAGAAACCCGUAAUACUUUGUCUAUUGAUGGGAGGUUGG